CAAACACAUGCACGCCUGAGCGAGGAAAACAUGAGAGGUCAAAAGUUAUGAUCCUAACCUUUAACAGAAACGGAACGUAACACACAGACAUGGCCAGUUCCAUGGUGGCAGUGGGGCUGGCUUUGGCGGCCGCUGGGUUUGCAGGUCGCUAUGCCAUGCAGGCCAUGAAGCAUUUGGAGCCUCAGGUGAAACAGGCCCUUCAGAGUUUCCCCAAGACGGCUUUUGGAGGAGGGUACUAUCGAGGUGGAUUUGACCCAAAGAUGUCCAAGAGAGAAGCUUCCCUGGUUUUAGGUGUAAGUCCCACAGCCAACAAGAUUAAGAUCAGAGAGGCACAUAGAAAACUAAUGAUCCUGAAUCACCCAGAUAGAGGUGGAUCUCCCUACAUAGCAGCAAAGAUCAAUGAAGCGAAGGAUUUCUUGGAUGCCCAGACAAAGAAGUGAAGAGGCCGGCAAAGACAAAACAACAAGAUGUUUCCAGGAAACCCAGCACUCGAUGGAUACAUCGCUCUCCAGCACUUAACAGCAACGGCCAGUUUCCAGACUCGACUACAAUCAACUUUGAAACGGAAAAAGGUUUUGUUUCAGUGCAAUAAAAAAAAAACAUCUUC